AUGGAUCGGGCGCAGCGCCUGCAGGACGACAGUCUUGCUAAGGUCUCACGGGCGACCUCCCCCAGUGGAGGAACACACGACACAAAUGCUGUCAAUGGCGACACUGAUCACUCCAAGUCUCGAACUCGACCUCGAACGUACCCAUACUUCACUACCCUUCCAUACGAGGUCGAGGAUGAGGCUCGGCGGCAGAAAGACUUGUCGGAAAUCCUGAAGCAUCUCUACAUAGCAGUACAGUCAUGCGACUUUACUCCGGGAGCUGUUCACUGGACAAGAGAACUCCGCAGUUGGAUGUCACUAAAGUUCGAUCCGACCAAAGAGCAGCGGAUCAAGCUGGUCAACCUCUACUACGAGCUAGCAUUGGCUCCGGGUAUCGAUCCCAGUGUUUCCGAGCGCUUUGCGAGUAUGUUCAUGUUGCUCACCAAGAGGAAGCACUACCUUCGACCACAGAGAGACCUGACGCUCGACUGGAGGCCGCUAUUCCGCGAGAUCAAGAUCUUCGUCAUCCCUGCAGAGUCCGGUCUGAUUCAGACGACCAAUGCCAAGCGCAACAUUAAGACACUGGUCAAGAUGAGCUCGUUUGCUCAACUGUACUUUGAUCCCGAGGACAUUCCUGCGAUGCUGGACGAGAUCUUGCCGCACUUCACCAUGUCCUUCACGGAGGGUGCCUUCGUUGUCACGGCUCUGCUCAAUCUUCUGCUACCCACUGCUCCCCCACCACCGAACCGCGAGGAUCUGCUACCACAACAACAUCUUCCAACAUUCUUUCAUUUGUGGUCUCUGUUGAAUCGGUCGAAGACUGUGGACAUAGCAUUUCUAGACCUCUUCUCCCGCAUGGCAAGAGACACUUUGCCGAGCCCGGACGUGCCAUUCUCUCAGCAUGGUAUCUUCACACAGGAACAAACUACCCUCAUCUUCACCGCAAUACUACGCCUUCUCGAGAUCCCAGUAGGGCAGUCAACUUCACCAUACAGUGCGUUGGUGGACCUGUCGGCUGGAAUGGCGGUCCUCAUUGACAGAGACUCGAGGAAACACCCUGUCUCGCACCACAUUGCACGAUGGAUUGUUAUGUCAUUGUCCCCGCAGGCUCUGGACGCAGAAGGGUCUAUCUUUACAUUGCUGACGAAUCUGAUGGAUUCAAUCGAGACGUUCUUCCACCCGUCGAAUGCUGGCGCAUGGACUAAGACCCUCUCGCAGCUGGUGUUCUACUUGGCCGACUUCUUCGUCAUGCGAUGGAACAGGGAACACAAUGGCGAGCUUGAUGUGCCAGAAGAUCGGAGGCUGACUCCAGCACUUCGAAGACGAUUCGUGCUUUGUUUGCGGGAUGUCAUCUUCAUGGGCAUCUACUCCAAGAGUAGUACAGCCAUGAGCUAUUCUCUGUCCACACUAUCCGCUCUGGCAAACCUCGAGCCAGAGCUGAUCCUUCCAGGAGCACUGAAGCGUAUAUAUCCGUCCAUGCAAGGCUUGGUCGAAGUUCAUCGUACAGUCUCGUCGCUUAGGUCGCUUCAUGCCUUAAGUCGAGUGAUGAUUCGGUCCAAAGGCUAUCGUUGUCACAUCACGGCGCUCCUCGGUCUCGCUCUUCCUGGAAUCGAUGCCAAUGAUCUAGACAAGACUCUCUACACCCUCACCUUCUUUUCCAAUGUCUGCUACAAUAUCCCAUUCGUCGAUCUUUCCCAAGGAAGAGAUGAUGUGCAGGGCAAUAUGUUGGCAAUGCAAUGGAUCACGGGUGAGAUGGAGAAGCUUGACGCUGAGCAAGAAGCUGCCGGUGGCACACCUCUCGAGCUAAAUUACCACCAGCUGGACGAUCGGGAAGAAGAGAUGGUUCUUGCUUCAUCAACUGCAGGCUUCUCGGAGUUUGUGUCAUCCUUCCUCGGACGCGUCUUCACAUUACUUGAGAAUUUGCCGGACGCGUCAAGGAUCAGAAGUGGCUCUCCAGAAGAAAAUAUCGUCAACACGUUACCAGCGACCUUCCUGCCACUUCUGUCAUCUCUUUCGCCUGAGCUCUUCGACCAAGCGCUCAACAAGAUUGUCGACUUCGUCGCUACUCAUGUCAUUCACCAGUCAAGAGAUGCGAUGGCUUUCAUCUGCAAUUGUUUGUGCAAGGUCAAUCCAGAGAAGGCUUUGGCUAAGCUAGUACCUGUGCUGACCAGCGCAAUCCGAGUUGAGAUCGAUGAGAAUGGUGCUGGGUCCACCCGGAAUGCUGCAUCAGACGUGCUGCCCCGAGACAGAGCUCUUGUAUGGAACGUCAGCAUGCUCAGCAUGUGUGUCGUGCACGUUGGUAGCGCGGUCUUGAACCACAAGAAGGAGUUGUUCGACAUUGCGAUCUACAUGCAGACGCAUUGCAAGGGCAUGCCAACAGUACACAUUUCGAACUAUAUUCAUCACCUCUUGCUCAACCUGACAGGCACUUACACCGUCGACUGCGAUCUCUAUGAGCCCGAGCGAAUCAAGGACGGCAUCACAGGCAGGCUUUGGGGCUUUGCCGAGCCCGCAAAGACACUCAAACCCAAAUGGCACGUUCCUUCAGAAGCUGAAAUCGAUUUCGCCGUCGAGCUGUUCAGAGCGCAAGCAGAGACAGCGAUGUCCAAGCUGAACGGGCUCCUCGAUGGCACGUCCUCGAUCAAGCGUGAUGGAAGUGGCAAGGAAUGGUCGGACGAGGUUUCACGAAAUCUUGUCCUCUUUCGACUGCUUCUGGCUGGAGUGUCGAUUCUGUUCGAUGCCAAAGGCGUUAAUGAGGGUCUGACAAUGACCGCUAAUGGCAUCGACGCCGACACAUCUAUGUCGAUGGCGAAUGGUCAUGCAACGGAAGCGACUUCUGAAGCUGACGCCUACCUGGACGGCACAGAUGAGACAUCUAUCAAGCCUUCUUUCCAAUAUCCGACGGGCUUCAACCUGACUCCCGCAGACGAGAACUACAAAGUCAUCCAUAGGAUACGAAAGGAGAUCGGCGAGACGCUGCACAGAGCUCACGUCUUUCUUUCGGGAGAGAGCGAGGACGAUGUCUCCUCCUUCGCGCCACUCUACACGGCAUAUAGAACAUGGUUCGUCGAUGUUGGCAUUGAGCGCUCUGCGCAUGUUCUGGAUCGCAUCACACGCCUCUUGCAAGCCGAUGAGCAGCCUUAUAAGGUCAGCGGUAAGCGCAAGGAUUAUCCAAGAGCAAUUCUGGUGCGGCGUGCCAAUGUUUACCACACCCAGCGACUGCGACAUAAUGCGGCACCGCGACCUCGAUCAACAUUGGACGAGCAACUACUACUCGACCUCGUCAAGUCCUCGUCCUCCAUUUACACUGAGGUGCGCCGCAAUGCUCAAGCUGCAGGCGAAGCUGCUCUUAAGGUGGUCUUCGGCGCUCGGCUGUUCGUGAUUCCUCCGCUCCUGGAUACGUUCAAGAAGUCUGUAGCAGAGAGCGAUUUUCCUCGUAUCAAAGGCUCUCUGUUUGCACUACUCUUCGGAAGUCUGUCUAAGACUGUGGGCCGACAUUGGAAGUAUGCGCCGGACAUCAUCAGGACGUUCAUUGAAGCCAGUAGUGCGGAUAAGCCUUCAAUCCAGAAGCUGUGCAGUGGCGGUCUGUAUCAGGUCAUGGACUAUGGUCGGCCUGUAGAUCGCACAGCUAUUGUCGAGCAAGGUCCUGUCGAGGCGAUCGCGCCAUUUGAGGAUGUGUCAGACAAAAUCGAGAAGAAGAAGAAGUUCAUCAUCUCGAAGCGCACCAACAUCGAGCGAAAGAAGUCAGAAUUGGCCGAAGAGCUGAUCCAACAAGCCCGUGCCUCCCACUGGAAGAAGGCCCAGCGCAUCUCGACUUUGGUGAUGUCGUUGGGCAUGCGAUUCGACCAUAUCGCAUCAGACGACAUGAUUGAGCUCAUUGCACACGGCACUAUUGAUCAGCAUCCGAAUCUGCGUGGUCUUUAUUCUCAAGGCAUGAUAGCUGUCUUCACCAUGACUGAUGUCAGAGCUGUAUGCGAUCAUAGCUACUUAAAUUACAUCCGUGGUAUUCAGGAGUUCCCUGCGAAGGUGAAGGUGACCACGCAGUCUUUCGACAAAGCACAAACCGAAGAGUACCUCAGCAACUUUGCACAACCGGAUGCAGAUGUAUACAUUGACCACGACUAUCCGGGUUGGCUGGUGUGGUGUAAGGAAAUGCCGGGUUAUAAGUCCAACAUUUCGCAAGAUAUUGUCUACGAUGAUCUCGAAUGGAGCAAAAGAAAGGUGAUCGGCAAGAUCCUGGAUCGAAACUGGUUCAAGACCUUCUUCAAGUACUUGAAGCAGGAGCCGCGCGACUCGAAUGCGGAUAAGUUCAGAAUGCCGAGUGCGAUGCUGCUAACCUACGCUUUUGAGCUCAUUAUUCGUGACGGACUAGCUGUGGCUACAUUUGAGGACAUCAAAGAGGAGACCCUGGCAGUCUACGGCAAUGGCAGCGACAAGCAUCAGCACCGAGCCACGGCUGAGAUCUUUGGCCUGGUCUCAUUACAGCUGUCAUGGACACGUCCAUGGAGCAACUCCGCCUACUGGACCACCUUUCUCCACAUGAUCUUGCAGAGUAGAGAUCCGCGACGAGCCUGGCCUCUCGUUGACUGGCUCGCCAACUUCCGCCUCGACAUGCAGUCCAACGCUGCGUUCAAGGAGAGCUCCAAGAUUCACCUGCUACAUCAGGUGGUCAUGGACGCCGGAUGGCACUUCCAGCUCGACAAGCCACUUACCAAGGACUUCCUGGCGCACAUCGAUCAUCCAUACAAGGGCGUCCGUGAGGCAAUGGCUCAGACACUUGCUACCAUCACCCGCACCCGCUACCACGAGUCUUAUCCCGAUGUUGCGUCUUUAGUGAAGGACCAAAAGCAGGCAGGUUCCAUUGGCAAGCAGCCAUACAUCCCCACCGAAGAGUUCGACGCUGCCAUUCGCGAUGCGUUCGACCGCAUCGAGAAGUGGCGCCAUGAGCGAAUACCUGGGCAACAAACACCCUCUGCCUACACCUCUGGCAGCAAGACAGUUCUUCUCUGGCUCGAGGCAAUGCUGACCUCUUACGAGUGCACACAGCUCCUGCAAUACUUCCCCGACGUCUUCAUGGAGCAGUUCCUGCACAUGAUGGACGUCAAAGAAGACCCGGAGCUGCAGUCUCUAGCAUACCACGUCUUCCGCCACCUUCCCAACAUUCCCCACCGCAUCGGCCAGGACGAGAAGCUCAUCGCCUCACUCAUCCGCAUCGGCCAGACGUCCAAGUCCUGGCAUCAGCGUCUGCGCGUCAUGAUCAAUAUUCAAAUCAUCUUCUUCCGCCGCCUGUUCCUCCUCUCGAACGAAAGCAAGCAGAAACUCUUCGAUUGCGUUGCCGGCAUGCUCGAAGACCCGCAGCACGAAGUACGCGCCGGAGCCGCCACUACGCUUUCAGGCAUGAUCCGCUGCUCGCCGUACGCGUUCCAGCAAGCUAUGGUGACGAAACUCGGCGACCGCUUCAAGGCGAUGCUCGCUGAUAAUCCCUUGCCCAAGAAGCCCAAAGGCCGUCAAGCCACGGCGCUUGCGUCGGUGCGCUCUUCGGGCACAGCGACGCCCACGCCAGAACACCAGCGGCUGAUAAUAACGCGCCAUGCGGCUGUUCUGGGACUCGGUGCGCUGAUCCAGGCGUUUCCGUACGCAAGUCCGCCGCCACAGUGGAUGUGUGGGUUGCUGUCGACGCUGAGCAACCGCGCGGCGUCGGAUCCGGGCAUGGUAGGCAGUGCGGUGAAGAACAUCAUCAGUGACUUCAAGAAGACGAGGCAGGAUACGUGGCAUAUUGACGUCAAGGCAUUCACGCCAGAAGAUAUCGAAGAUUUAUCGGGCGUGCUUUGGAAGAGCUAUUUUGCCUAA